GCCGUCAACACGAACACGUGCCUGGUUGUUGCUUCAAAGCACACCUCGAACAUGGAAUGUAAUGUGCUAGAAUGUUCACCUCCCCUGGCAGGGAACAAGGAUGAAGCAUCUGAUGUGCAUUUGAAAAACCUGGCAACAUAUAUUGCACUAUUGAAGGACUCAAAGGAGAAGGCUGAUGCUGCAUCAGUAUCUAUUAAAAAGAUAACAGGACGUCUUGGAAGUGGGGAACACCAUACUGCCAAGGGUCUCAGUUUCUUGGAAAUGAAGAACCACCUGCUGUUAAGUUAUUUGCUCGAUUUAACGAACAUUAUUUGGAGGAAGGUCAGUGGACAUCGUAUUGCUGGCGAAGCGUCCAUCAAGCGACUUGUGGAAAUCAGAACCGUGCUUGAACGAAUACGGCCCAUUGACCAAAAGCUGAAAUAUCAUAUUGACAAGCUGGUGCGAACUGCAACAGUUGGUGCAAUAAAUGCCGAUGAUCCUCUGCUGUUCAGGCCAAACCCAGACGCUCUACAGGACAACGUCACAGAUGAUGAUGUUGAUGAAGAUGAUGACACCACAAGCAAAGGCACUAAAAAGACAAAAGCAUACGUUCCGCCAAAGUUAGCCCCCGUCCAUUAUGAUGGAGACAUACAGACAGAACAGGAGCUAAUGCUUGAGCGAGCUAAAAGGCGUGCACUGAACACAAGCAUUAUUGAAGAACUGCGUAAAGAAUAUUACGAUGGACCAGAGGAGGUGAAGGAUUCCUACAACUCUCAUAAGGCAAAAGCAAGAAAGCUGAUAGAAGAGAGAACAGAGUAUGAGGAGGACAAUAUGCUACGAUUGACACUUAGCAAGAAAGAAAUGCACAAGACCAAGCAGCUGGAGACUAUGUCUGGACUGAGCGGUCUUGCACGGUUUGGAGACAUUUCCUCAUUGAAUGUGGAUGAUCUUGAGGAGCUGGGGCCGAAGAAGAAAAAGGCUAAACGGGUGUACAAGAAGAAGUGGGGCAAGAAAGGCUUUAAAAAGAAAUGGAAACACUGAUGUACCAAUAAAUCUACAUGACUACACUGUCCAAAAUGUAAUAC